AGCGCCAUGCUAGAAGUGUCGGUCCUCCGCGCCGCGCUGCUCCUCCUGCUCCUGGCUGGCUGCUGCGCUCCUGCCCGGGGAUACUUUGCGGAGGAGCGCUGGAGCCCCGAGUCUCCGCUCCUCGCUCCCCGGGUUCUGGUUGCGCUCAUCUGCAGAAACUCUGAGCACUCCCUGCCCUAUUUCCUGGGUACUAUUGAGCGCCUCAACUAUCCUAAAGACAGGAUGGCUCUCUGGGUAGCAACUGAUCAUAAUGAGGACAACACCACAGUGAUUCUGCGUGAUUGGCUUUCAAAAGUGCAAAGCCUGUACCAUAAUGUGGAGUGGAGGCCAAAAGAAGAACCGAGACGUUAUAAGGAUGAAGAUGGUCCAAAACAGUGGACAGAUCUCCGUUAUGAGCAUGUUAUGAAACUUCGGCAAGUAGCACUGGAGUCUGCUCGUGAAAUGUGGGCAGACUACUUCAUGCUGGUGGACUGUGAUAACCUCCUCACCAAUCCCAACGUUCUCUGGAAGCUCAUGAACCAGAAUAAGACUAUUAUUGCUCCGAUGCUUGACUCUCGAGCCGCCUAUUCAAACUUCUGGUGUGGAAUGACUUCCCAGGGUUACUAUAAGAGGACACCUGCCUACAUACCCAUCAGGAAGAGAGUGCGGAAGGGCUGUUUUGCUGUUCCUAUGGUUCACUCCACAUUCCUGAUAGACCUCAGGAAAGAGGCUUCGAGGCAGCUGGCCUUUCACCCGCCACAUCCAGACUACAGCUGGGCUUUUGAUGACAUUAUCGUGUUUGCAUUCUCUGCUCGGAUGGCAGAUGUUCAAAUGUUUGUAUGUAAUGAGGAGAACUAUGGUCAUUUUCCUGUACCGCUGCGCGCUCACAAUACUUUACAAGAUGAAGCUGACAGCUUCCUGCACUCCCUGUUGGAAGUUAGUGUGCGAAAUUCUCCAGUGAUGCCUUCCAAAUACAUGCGUGUCCCUAGAAAACAACCUGACAAAAUGGGCUUUGAUGAGGUGUUUGUGAUCAACCUGCAGAGAAGAACAGAUCGCAGAGAACGUAUGCUGACGGUUCUUUAUGAACAGGAAAUCGCAUGCAAGGUCAUUGCAGCAGUAGAUGGAAAAGCAAUGAAUGUCAGUGAAAUUCAUGCCAUGGGUAUCCACAUGCUCCCUGGAUACAGCGACCCUUACCACGAUCGGCCACUGACGAAAGGAGAGCUGGGCUGUUUUCUUUCUCACUAUAACGUCUGGAAAGAGAUUGUAGAGAGACGUUUGCAGACUUCUCUAGUGAUUGAAGAUGAUCUGCGCUUUGAGGUUUUCUUCAAACGUCGCUUGGUGAACUUAAUGAGGGAGGUUGAGGAUGAGGGACUGGAUUGGGAUCUCAUCUAUAUUGGUCGGAAAAGAAUGCAAGUGGAUCAUCCGGAGAAAGCAGUGCCACACAUACAUAAUCUAGUGGAGGCAGACUAUUCCUACUGGACACUGGGUUAUAUGAUGUCAUUACAGGGUGCUGAGAAGCUUUUAAAAGCAGAACCUCUGAAGAAGAUUUUGCCAGUGGAUGAGUUUCUUCCUAUCAUGUACAACAAACACCCAGUCUCCGAUUAUAUGGAACAGUUUGAAAACCGGGACCUAAAGGCGUUUUCUGCAGAGCCUCUCCUUGUGUAUCCAUCUCACUACACAGGCGACCCAGGUUACAUCAGUGACACUGAGACCUCCACUGUGUGGGACAACGAUAAGAUCCAUACAGACUGGGAUAGAGCACGCUCAGGAAAGACUCAGGAGCAGGCUAAGAUCAGCAGUGAGGCCCAAAACUCAGACGUGCUCCAGUCCCCAUUGGACAGUGCAGCGCGGGACGAGCUUUGAGAAGAAACGAGUGAGAACCUAAAAUGUGAAGGGUUCAUGGGAUAAAUUAUAGUUUUUUAUUGUCUGUCUUCUGUAGGCAUUUUUAAUGUAGCAUCGCAGCAGCAGUGUGAUAUCAACUUUUAAAGAGUGGUUAAAUUAGCAAAAUAUGACAUGUUAAAAAAGGGAUCAGGGGCAUUUUGUGUUUAUGCUUUGCUUUGAUAGGGCACUAGACUUGUCACUUUAAAUGGCAUUUG